AGCCGCAGUAACAAAUAACAACCCAAAAUCACCGCUAUAAUAUUCCCCAAACACUCAUAACUCUCAUUCCAGUAUGCACUUCUUCAAAGUUCUCGUUGGCUUUGCCGCCACAGUCUCUGCCAUUGAUAUCCAGAAGCACUUUGGCCAGAGCUGCAGCGGCAACUACCGUGUCUGCAGGGGCCUGGAACCCAACGUCUGCUGCGUGGGCGCAACGGCCGAGAGCAUCCUCUUCCGUUACAUCCCAUCCAACUGGCGUAUUGAGUGCCGGGGCUACGACGGCGGCGACUGCCGCAAUCGUCGCUCUACCAUCUUCUCUGCUGGCGCCACGGAGAUCUGUAUGCGCUCCGGCGGUUUCCUCUUCACCGGCGCUGGCUACGGCUUCGUCAACAGGAAGCGGGCUCCCGAGGCCGACGAGACGUGCGCCAUCGGCGAAUUGGACCCGGCCGGCGAGGGGCAGGUGCAAAAGUGCGAGUCCAGCCAGGAGCCCGACACCCUCGUCCUAGUCGACGGUUCGGAAUUCAACCUUCUUUGCCAUUGCCGCCGACCCCAAUGUGACUUCUAUUGACGACAUUCCGGACGAGUUCAAGUCCCUUGAAAUCUUG